AUGGGCGGUGGAAGCACUAGAGCUGGAAGCUCUAUUAGUUCACCGUGCAGUGGCCAUCGGACGAGAACGCAAAGCAAGAGCAGAAGAUUUGGGGUGUCGGAAUGGUGCGGUUGCGGCUGCCGGCCAGUUCUCAGGUGGUCUGGGACAGAUUCAAAUCUAAAUAAAUCAUUUUUUGGUUGUCCCAAUUAUAAUACAAAUGAAAAGAGAUGGUGUGGGCUUUUUGUGUGGGCAAAUACUGGACAGGAUGAACCAGUUGAGAAAUCAGAAUCUUAUAGAGAUAAUCAUAAAGUGAAGAUGAACUUUGAUUGGAGGCUUGGGAGAUUAGAAGAAGAUGUCCGGAAUCAAAAAUUGGUUAACCAAUUUUUGGUAUUACUUGUGUCUGUGUUGAUUGUGUUAAUUGUUAUCAUGUAUUGUAAAGCAUGA